UGGUCCACACACCGAAGUUGAGAAAACAUAGGCGUGAAAACAGAAUUAAAGACAGUAAACAUAUCCAUGCCUAGCUGAUGUAAAAGGUCGUUCUCUUUGAAAGAGUGGUUCCCAACUCACAACGGACACUUGCCCAAAGUCUUGGAAUAUGCACACACAUACACACCCUAAAUUCAACUACAGCUUUGAGCUACUUCUGCUAAGCCCCUAAACGAAUUUUUUAAAGAAAAAAGAAGCCAAAGAAAGAGAAAGUUAAGCGGAAUCGCAUUGAUUUGCAUUGGUUUGAGUUUUUUUUUUUUUUGGUUUGGAGCUUCUUCCUUGGCCCCAUCUCCUCCCUCCUCGAUACCCUCUCCUACCUCUCCCCUCUCAAUCCUUCUCACAGACAUUUUCACAAACACGCGGACUUCGAGACGCACAGCAGGACAAAUCCUAUCUUAGACAUUUUCUCCUUGUUAAUGAAUUUUCACCAGAUCUCUCUCUCUCUCUCACUCUCUUUUCCUCUCUAUCUAGUUUCAAUUCCAUAUAUAUCACAGAACUAGAUCGCUUCCACCUUCCAAAUUCCUAAUUAUACUACGGCUUAAACGUAAAAAUGCAGAAGAAUCACAUACCUGAGGCGAACGAGAAGCGGCGGAAGUUCUUAAUCAACGACAAUCUCGACAUUCUCAUCGAAAUCCUCAAGCGGCUAGACGGACCGUCACUCGGCGUCGCCGCCUGCGUCUGCCGCCUCUGGUGCACAAUCGCUCGAAACGAAUCAGUCUGGGAACAUGUGUGCUUCCGGCACGUGACAUCGCCGCUUCCAUCAUCGGUGAAAUCAGUGGUCGCCGCACUGGGAGGAUACAAGCGGCUAUACAUGGUGAGCAUAAGGCCGGUGCUGAGUCGACUCGGAUACUCGGAAGUGGUGAGGCGAGUUUGGACUCAGGACGAGGUUCAACUCUCACUGUCUCUGUUUUGUGUGGAUUAUUACGAACGGCUCACUGGGAGUGGAAGACUCAGCGGCGAUGCGUCCGCAUUGUCCCUCAUGUUCCUCUGCAACACCGUGAACGUCUGAUUGAUCUCGUGGUUUUUUGAUACUUUCUCCACCGUUGGAUUCGUUGACCAGUCCAUAUAAGAAAUCAAGCAAGCUCCGGUGAUUUUAGUCAAAGGAUUAAGAUUAGCCUGGUAUGAAUAUGAUAAUUAUUCCAAUUAUACAACCAUUUUAUUAAAAUGAAAAUAACA